CAAUUGUGUUCCCUAUUCUCGUCAAAAGUCGGCUGUUGUUGCUGUUGAGUAGAACCGAGACGGUGUGAGGAUCUGUGUUUGCUCAGAGCAGUGCGCUCCGCACCGACAUGUGAGCCAAUCUUCUCUUUUCUCGCCGCAAACCGAAGCGCAAGUUCGCUCUUUUUCUGCACUUUGACAUCGAUGUGUUUUGGGGGAGAACAGGAGUAGGGUUCCGCGUCGCCUUCAAGCCAAAGCUGGAUUGUUGUCAAACAUUUUUUCUCUCCCUCCAACCACCAGCACCUCGUUUCAUCAUUUCUCGUCACGCGCUGAAGCUUUAACGCGUUUGUUGGUGCUCAGAGAGAAAGGGGGGUGCCUUCACCGCCUCGAGGACAAGCAGCAAGACUGGGCACGGUGAAGACUUGUUGCGCGCAUCCGGGGAGCGCACCAGUCCAGUUUUCAUCCAAGUGCACGCACAGUACCUGCGUGCGAUGCUCUGAUUUCAGCGGUGAGUCAGUGAGCGGAGCGGGAAUGGACUGUGACCAGCGAACAGCCUCAAGUCAGCGCGGCGCUCAGUGACUAUGAAAAUCUGCUCAUAAUUAACCAAACUGGGGGUGAUUAGUUCGCUCCGGAGCAGCUUGCCGAGCGGCUGAUGCUUUUCGGAAAACCAGUUCUCCUGUAAAUGGCAUCCACGCGCAGCCGAGUCAAACUUUAUUCGGGUCAGAUCCGACGACUUGAUUAAUUUUUUUCUUUUUCUAAAAUCGAGCGCUCCCUCCAUCUCUUUCUCAUCGAUAUGUCUGAGCGCGAUGGAUAUGGAGACGGGCUUUGCAGCGACGGAGCGCCGGAGUGCAUUCCGCCGAGAGCGUCCCGCGGCCGGCGGAGCGGUGUCAUCCUCCCCGGUGGCGGCCAGGACACCGACACCAUCCUCCUGGACUCGGUGAAGGCGGCACCUCGCCGGAGCAGCAUCAUCAAGGAUCCCUCGGUGCAGAAGGUGGGCGGCGGCAGGAAGAAGACUGUGUCCUUCAGCAGCAUGCCCUCUGAGAAGAAGGUGAGCAGUGCAGCAGACUGCUUGGCCUUCAUGCAGGGCGGCUGUGAGCUGAAGAAGAUUCGGCCCAAUUCCAGAGUUUACUGUCGUUUCUACACGCUGGACUCCGACCUCAGCUGCUUACGCUGGGAGCCAUCCAAGAAGGACGGGGACCGAGCUCGGCUGGACGUCUCCAGCAUGCGGGAGGUUCGCACCGGGAAGAGCACUGAGACGUUCCUCCAUAACGGCCCCCUCUCUGAGCACCUCGCCGAGGAGGCAGCCUUCUCCAUCAUACAUGGCGACGACUACCAGUCUCUGGACCUGGUUGCGUUGUCAGCAGAUGUGGCCAACAUCUGGGUGACGGGGCUUCGCUACCUGCUGGCCCAUCCGUCAGUCAUCGGGGGUGGAGGUGUUGGAGGAGGAGGGCUGAGCGAAGGAGGAGGUGUGUCGGUGGACGGCAGCCUGGGAGGAAAGAUGAGGAGCGAGUGGCUGGCGGCAGAGUUUGCUCAGGUGGAUGAAGACGGCUACGGCAUCGUGUCGGAGGACGUGGCCGUCGCCACCAUCUGUAAACUGUGUCCCGGUAUCAAGGAGGCCAAGGUACGUCUGCGUUUUAAGGAGAUCCAGCGCAGCAAGGAGAAGCUGACCUCCCACGUGACCCGUGAGGAGUUCCAGGAGGCCUUCUGCGAGCUCUGCACGCGGCCCGACGUUUACUUCUUACUGGUGCAGCUGUCGAAGGACCGCGAGUGUCUGGACCCUCAGGACCUGCGCCUCUUCCUGGAGACGGAGCAGGGUCUGUCUCUGGCGACGACCGAGGGCUGCUGGGAGCUCCUGAGGCGCUGCGAGCCCUCGGCGCAGGGCAGGGAGAGGGGGCUGCUGGGUCUGGAUGGAUUCGCACGAUACCUGCAGUCUCCGGAGUGUCAGCUGCUCGACCCGGAGCACCUGGGGGUCUGUCAGGACAUGAACAUGCCUCUGUCGCACUACUACAUCAGCACCUCGUACCGCUCCUACCUGCUGGACGAUCAGGUCCACGGCAGAGCAGACCUGGGGGGGCUGAUCAAGGCCCUGCAGUCCGGCUGUCGCUGCGUGGAGCUGGGCGUGACUGACGGCCCAGAGGGGGAGCCUCUCCUCGGGGUCGACUACGGGCCAGAAAUCCCCCGCCACCAUCACCACCACCACCAUCACCACCACCACGCGCCCGUCACCAUCCGCUCCGCUCUGGAGGUGGUCAACAAGUACGCCUUCCUGACCUCCCCGUACCCGCUCCUGGUGUACCUGUGCCAGCGCUGCUCCCCUGGCCAGCAGCGCACCAUGGCUCAGCACAUGAAGAAGGUGUUUGGCUCCCGUCUUUACACUCCGGAGGCGCUUCCUGUCAGCCUCGGAGGGCGCGCCACCACCUUACCUUCGCCCGAGCAGCUGAAGGGACGCAUCCUGAUAGUGGGGAAGAAACUUCCUCCGGAGCAGGACGGCUCUGAUGGGGAGAUAUCGGAGGAGGACGAGGAGAUAGGAGGAGGUGGGCCUCUGGCGGGGCGGCGAAUGACCAUCCCAGGUGAGGAGGAACUGGGCGUGGUCUUAGUGGUGCCUCCGCCCUCUCAGCCCAGGAAGCUGCGCCUUCACAGAGAACUGUCGGACCUGGUGGCGAUCGCUCGCACGGGCAGUCGCAGCUUCUACGCACAGAGAGCCAGCCACAAACAGGCUCAGCAGCAGUCGCCCCCCAGCAGCCCCUCCUCUCCCAGCACGCCGAUGCCUCCCGAGCCGCCUUACUGGACGCUGUGCUCGCUGGGUGAGGGCGAGGCCGGGCGGCUGACCACCGAGAGCCCGGAGGACCUGGUAAUGUUCACCAAGCGCACCCUGACCAGAGUGCGACCCAGCUCAGUGCGCCUGGACUCCAGUAACCCCAACCCACAGGGGUACUGGAAAGGAGGUGUCCAGCUCGUGGCCUUGAACCAGCAGACCCCCGGCGCCAUGCUGGACCUUCACAGAGGGCGUUUCUCGCAGAACGGAGGGUGUGGUUACGUUCUGCGACCGGCUGUGAUGAGGGAUGAGGUGUCGUAUUUCAGCGCGCACACGCAGGGCUGCGUGCCAGGAGUGCCGGCUCAGACGCUGCGGAUUAAGGUGAUCAGUGCCCACAACCUGCCCAAGCCUCAGGGCUCGGGGGCGAAGGGAGAGGUCAUCGACCCGUAUGUGGUCCUGGAGCUGCACGGCGUGCCAGCAGACUGCGCCGAACAGCGGACACGCACCGCUGCUCAGAACCAGGACGACCCGCUGUUUGACGAGACCUUCGAAUUUCAGGUCAACAUGCCGGAGCUGGCGCUGCUGCGCUUCGUGGUGUUAGACGACGACUACAUCGGAGACGACUUCAUCGGCCAGUACAGCAUCGCCUUUGAGUGCCUUCAGCCCGGCUACCGCAACGUGCCCCUGCUGGGCAUGGCGGGAGAACCCUUACCUCACACCAGCCUGUUUGUCCACGUGGCGAUCACCAACCGGCGAGGAGGCGGGAAGGCCCAGCGGCGAGGUCUGUCGGUGAGGAGGGUGGGGAGGCGAGGGCGGGAGUACGUCACGCUGAGGCACACCGGCAUCAAGGUGGUGGAUGAGACCUUCAAAUCGGCCGGUGCCCCCAUCAAAGAGGCUACGGACCUGCGCGAGGAGGCUCAGAGCGCCACGGCCAGCUUCAAAGAGCAGUGUGGGCUCCCCACGGUGGCCAAGCUGAAGCAGUGCAUCCAGAGCCUGGCCACCCGGCUGCAGAGCUCCGAGGGCACCAUGGGGGCCACCAUGGUGCUGAAGGAGGGCAACCCGUGUCUGGAGCCUCUCGUCAACCUCUCGGAGCCGACGCGCAAACUGCUCUCUGCUGCUACGACACGGUGAAUGAUUGCGGCCCAGAAACAGCUGAUCGAGAACGCAGACGCUGUUCAGGAGCGGAUCGCCCAGGUGCAGAGAGAAGGCAUGGACUUCCACGAGGAUCUCUCUCGGCUCGGGGAGAAGGAGGGACUGAAGGGACGCAAGCAGAACAAAGCUGUGGAGAGUUUCACCUGGAACAUCACGGUCCUCAAGGGUCAGAGCGAUCUGUUACGGGGGGCGAAGAUGGAUUCCCUGGAUGCUCUGAGGCAGCUGGCUCUGGCCUGCGAAGCCUGCGGACUCACCUCCUCCUCCUCUUCCUCCAACUCCGCGACCUCCACCUUCUCCACCGCAGAGCUGCAUUACUCCUCCCACCCUCUGUCCGUCCGCCGAAGCAGCACGCACGGCAACGGACGCAUCUGACGAAAAGGGAGCGCGCGGAGUAAUUACAGAGGAUAACAGAGAUGAGGAGAUAUGAGAGAGAAGAGAAAUGAAAGCACCACAGGAGGCUUUUCUCUCUGGCCGAGUGUUUCCCUUUAUCCAGCGCAGUGUGUGUCAGACUAUCCGAGACCACAGCAGUAUAUCUGCGUAAGCCUUACGGUGAGUUCAUCAGUUUAUCAGAGAAAGGUCCGGCCUGCAGAGAGGCUCCUCAUGAAUGUCGUAACUCCGCCGUGGAGAAGCAAAGAAAGACCACGCGGGGUCUUGAACUGUCUGACGGCUCCUGCUUUACUUUUCUGUGAGAAAAUGUGCGACUCAAUAUCGUAACUCUGCGGGUUUUCCUCAUCAGAGAGCAAAUAACACACACCUGAAUGAUUUGUGACGACGGGCCGACGUGGAGCUGAGGUUUACGGUCCUGUUGGUGUUUGGAGGUGAAAUGCAGAGUGAAGAGGAAGUUACUCUGCCUCAGCAUUUCAGCUCGUCCCUGGGGACGGCAACAAGAUUACCUGUGUGUGUGUGUGUGUGUGCGUGUGUGUGUGUUUACAGUGUUGCAAUUGGUGGAGAGGUGCUAUAAGAGCUGGAUUGACAGGACCUGAAAACACACAGUUGGAGACUAAUUCAGGUAGCCUAUAUUUGUAAUGUAGUACUACUUUUUUUUAAAACUCUCAAAAGUUUUUUGGUACGUUCGGUUUGAGAUGUAACAACAGUUAUUGUGACUGAACUUACGCAGACGUUUGAAGUGGAAACAGACAACUUUUCUUCUCUAGUGUGUACAAGUAGUAUUAUUUUUGUGUCGGAUUGCUUUCUGUUUUUCUCAGAGCCCAGAAACUACCAACAGCACAGGACACGCUGCGUUUAUUUUCUAGUUACUUCGGCGGGUCCAUUGUCUGACAUUUCCCCUACUGCUGAUAGUAAAUGCAAAGAAUUUACAUUAAUAGUCUUUGGUAAUUUGGGAUAUCUACCAGGGAAAACAAAAACACUCUCAUCUUCCUGUUUUCGUCGUGCGAUGGUUGGACUCAUUUUGCUUUCUAGGUCACCGUCUGUCAUUUCCCACCAGUAGGGACAGUAACUGCGAAAAGUAAACUGAUGCUCUGGUAACGGGGUGAAACAAAAGUGCUUUCCUGCUUCUGUUUUUGUUGCACGACAGUUGGAUACACUGCAUUUUGUUUUCGAGUUCACCGUCUGCCAUUUCCACGACUGGAGAAAUAAACUUGUCUGUUUCCACUUUAACAUCAAACAGAACGCAGUCUUUCAGCAGGAGACGGAGAUUUUUUGUCAUUCACAUUUCCUAUUUAACAUUCAAAAAUACUGACGUUUAAACUUCAUACACACAUACAAAUUAUAUCGAUAUAAAAGGACUCACAGUCAGACAAAGAAAAAAAAAUCAAACCAAAUUAGACAAACUAAACCAGAAAACAACAACAACAACAACAACAUCCAACACAGAGCAGACUGAGAUUUUAAUCAUUUUAGGACGAUAUCACAUAAAAUAGGUCUUGAUAUCAACGUGAAACCUGUUCCUGUUCCUGAUCGGCUGAACGCACAACUUAUCUUCAAACAUGAAAAACAUGGCGGCUGUCAGGGUGACGUCAGAUUUCUCCAAACGCUGUUGUACAAAAUGAGUUUCUCAAUAUAAUAUCAGAUAAAAAACAGAGCUUAUCCAAAGUAUCAGGGGCUAUUAAUGAGGUCUGGGAGUCUCAAUCGUCUCAACAUUUCCUGAUUUCUUUAAUUGACUGCGUCUGUUCUCUCUCAGCAAAAGCCGGAGCUCCGAUUCUAAACUUUUAACUUGAGUGCACAAAGAUCCCCAUGCAACUGUGAGCGCACACAUUUCCUCAUCCAACAGCUACAAUCAUGUGCUGUGUGAAAUGUCCAGCAGCACACACACACAUGCGCACACACACACACACACACACACACACACACAGGCUCUUGUUAUCGCCUCCUCUGAGGCCGUCAUGUUCACUUGGAGAGCUGAAAUACGAGGAGAAGAGGUGCAGCCGAGAUGAGACGCAGUAAUUGGAGAAGUUGCGUGUGUGUGUUGAUACUGUAGUACUACAUGUCUGCUGUAGUACAUGUGUGGAUCACAUAACCUCCUCACAACACCGACAUGUAGGGCGAACGGACGCUCGGAGUCUGUACGUGUGUGUGUGUGUGUGUGUAGUACAGAUUCCUGCAGCGUUGAUGAAGGACACAGUGUUGAUGUAGCAAUAAUAAGUCAAAGGAAAGUAGACGAGGCAGAAAACUGUAACUUUAGAGCUCAGAAGGCGGGUUUCCAUUACAGAUUUGCGCAAAAACGUAAGCGAUAUUUACAGAAUAUCAAUAAAACACCAUUGCAAGAUGACUGCGUUUCCACUGAGUGAUGCUCUGCAGCUUCUCCUCUGGUGAUAACAUCCCAGUAACCAUG